UAACAAACUCUCACCAAUUCUGCGAGUCAUAAUCACAACUUUAAGAACAAGAAACCAAAAAAGAAAAAAAUGUCGUGGUUAGCUAGGUCCAUUGCCAACUCGCUCAAGCUCGAUGACGACGACCACCACCACACCAAUGCCGCCCCUAAUCCGAAACCCGAAUCCGAUCCAAAUCCCAACCAAUCCUCCCCCUCCCAUUCCCAUUCCUCAUCGGAUCCCAACAGUCCUCGUGGCGUCAAAGAAGACCUCUCCGAGCUCACCAAAACCCUAAGCCGCCAAUUCUGGGGUGUGGCGUCCUUCCUCGCUCCGCCUCCUCCGCCUUCAUGGGACCAACCGCCCGAUCACACGGGGGAGGAAAAAUCUCGCCCGCCACCGUCCAAUGAUCCGGAUGAGGCAUUGAUAGCGGGAAUCCGCAGCGAUUUAACCGAGAUUGGCGGGAAAUUCAAGACCGGAAUCUCGAAGCUCUCGAACAAUAUUGCCGUCUCGGAGUUCACUAAGAUCGCUUCAAAUUUUCUUCAGUUUGGAUCCGAGGAAGAGAUUCUUGAAAAAUACGAGAGUGGAAACGUUGUUGGUUUGACUGAAGAAGUGGUUGCCUUCGCUCGGGAUAUCGCGAUGCAUCCCGAAACUUGGCUUGAUUUUCCCGUGCCUGAUGAUGAUGAUUUUGAUGAUUUUGACAUGUCUGAUGCACAACAAGAACAUGCUUUAGCUGUUGAACGUCUUGCAUCAAGAUUGGCUGCCCUUAGGAUUGAACUUUGCCCAGGAUAUAUGAGUGAGGGUUGCUUUUGGAAAAUUUAUUUUGUACUUCUGCAUCCUCGACUCAAUAAACAUGAUGCAGAGCUUCUGUCUACUCCCCAAAUAGUUGAAGCAAGAGCAAUGCUAAUGCAAGGGUUACAGCACCGAGUGAAGGCAAAAAAUGCAGAAGAAUAUUCCGAAAGUGGCACUUCAAAAUUAACGGCUGAUUUGCCGCAUGAAGAGCCUCUUUCUGUUCCUUCUCCCACUCAAUCUAAGGCAGUGCCAAUCAAGGCAUCUGAAAGUGAAGUAGCCACCACUGCUGUAGCUGUUGAAAUUGAGACAGAGAAGCAUCCAGUUCAGAGUACUGAGAUGCAGGUUAUUGACAAGUCUGUCAUCGAGGAAGAGCCAAUGAAAGAGACCAAACAUCAACAUUCAACAUCUGGUUCUUCCGGAGUUUCCAUUGAGAAACUUGAAGAUGACGGUGAUGACUGGUUAAAAGAGGAAACUGGGGAGGUAGUCGGCACAAGUGGUACCACAAUUCCUCUUGGAAAUGAUGAGGAUGUUUCAUUCAGUGAUCUUGAGGAUGAUGAUGAUGACGUGCCAAUAAGUUACAAAAAAGUGACAUCUGGUUCUGACUCUUCAACAAAAGACUCAAGAGAUUGGGUUCAGCUUAGCAGGAGCUCUACGGACUCAGUUAAAGACGUUAGCUGUGUUGGUGAUAAACAUUCUGGGUCUGAGCAGGUGAGUGCCCAUAACCCUCAAAUCAAGGAAUCAAAUGACUGGCUUGAUAUCGAAGAGAUCAUGUGAAGCAAAACCUUUGGAAUAUUUGAAUUCUAGAUUCUUCCUGCUUAUAACCUUGUGAAUACCAUGUGAAUGGUUUCUUCAGUCCGAGCUUAGGCUCUAGAAACAGUAUGUUUUGUACAUAAAAUCCUGUCGAAAUUGGAUAAAUAUGUACUGCUGCAAUAUUCAUGUAUUUUUAUAUCUAAUAAAUUCAGCACUUAUCAUGUGAA